AAUCUGCAAGGAGGAUUAAUUUUGCAACUUUUUUUUAAAAUGUAUUUUUCUUUGUUGAAGUGAGAUUUUCUUUAGCUGGAAUAAUGUCUUUGUGCUGGAGUAGAAACUCCUGGUUUCCAGUGGUGUUUGGUGCUGCGCUGGUUGUUCUUACAGCUGGUAACGCUGGACCGAACCAGGACAGGAGGCAGGCUGGGUCGUCCACAUGCUUUGGAGGCUUUGAUCUCUACUUUGUUUUGGACAAGUCUGGGAGUGUGCAGCAUCACUGGACAGAAAUCUACAACUUUGUUGAACAUCUAGCUCAUAAAUUCAUAAGUCCACAGUUGCGGAUGUCCUUCAUUGUGUUCUCCACUGAGGGAAGCAUCUUAAUGAGCCUGACAGAAGACAGGGAACGCAUUCGUAAAGGUCUAGAGGAGCUGCACAGGGUUCUUCCAGGGGGAGACACCUUCAUGCAUGAGGGCAUCCUGAGGGCCAGUGAGCAGAUAUACUAUGGAAACACUGAAGGUUAUCGCACUGCCAGUGUUAUCUUAGCUCUGACCGAUGGAGAGCUGCACGAGGAUCUUUUCUACUACGCUGAGAGAGAGGCCAACCGCUCCAGAAGUCUGGGUGCCUCUGUUUACUGCGUGGGGGUAAAGGAUUUCAAUGAGACACAGCUGGCAAAGAUUGCUGAUAGUAAGGACCAUGUCUUCCCUGUAAAUGAUGGAUUUGAGGCAUUGCAAGGGGUCAUCGACUCGAUCCUGAAGAAGUCUUGUAUCGAGAUCCUGGCAGCAGAGCCCUCUAGUAUCUGUGCAGGAGAGUCCUUCCAAGUGGUGGUGAGAGGAAAUGGAUUUCUUCACGCCCGCAACGUCGAUAAGGUCCUGUGCAGCUUCCGCAUCAACGACACCCUCACUAAGAUGGUGAAGCCUUUGGUUGUGGAAGAUACAUACCUUCUCUGCCCUGCACCAGUACUUCAAGAUGAGGGGAUGGCAGCAAACCUUUAUGUCAGUAUGAACGAAGGUCUCAGUUUCAUCUCCAGUUCGGUCACCAUUACCACUGUGGGCUGCUCUGAUGGGACCAUCCUGGCCAUAGCUCUGCUCAUCCUGAUGCUGCUCCUGGUCUUGGCUCUCCUCUGGUGGUUCUGGCCUCUCUGCUGCACUGUGAUCAUCCAUGAACCCCCACCGCCAGCUGUGGAGGAGAGUUCGGACGAUGAAGACUUUGAAACCCCGAAGAAGAAAUGGCCGACUGUGGAUGCAUCCUACUACGGAGGAAGAGGAGUUGGGGGAAUCAAAAGGAUGGAGGUCCGCUGGGGUGAGAAAGGGUCCACUGAAGAAGGUGCAAAACUGGAAAAGGCCAAAAAUGCCAAAGUGAAGAUGCCUGAACAGGAGUAUGUGGAUGCCCCCAUGCGGAUUCUCAACAACGGCAUGCACAAACCCCCGGGGCCACGCAAGUGGUACUCACCCAUCAAGAGCAAACUGGAUGCAUUGUGGGUACUUUUAAGAAAAGGCUACGACCGUGUGUCUGUAAUGAGACCUCAUCCGGGUGACAAGGGCAGAUGCAUGAACUUCACCCGCAUAAAGUCUCCCUCUCCUCGCUACCCGCAAUACAACCACCCCCCAUCUCCCAUUUACAACCCUCCCAGCAGUAGUCCACUCCCACCGCAGGGCAUGCUCCCACCGAGCCCCUGCAGCCCUCCAUCGUCUCCAUUGUUCUCCUUCUCCACCCUUCCACUGCUGCCUCCAGCACCUCCUCCCACCUCCACCACACCUCCCCCUUACACGCCACCUCCGACCCGGGCUCUUCCUCCAACCAACCUGCACAUACCAGACCCACCAGCGCUCCCUCCCACCCCUCCACCCUCUGCCUCACCGACUGGUACUCUACCACCUCUUCCACAGUGUCCUCCUCCAGGGCGCGCCCCUCCACCUGCCCGCCCACCGCCUCGCCCGGGCCUGUGAGCUCUGGGAGCAGACAGGAGAGAGUUUAAAAGGAUUUUACAAAGGCAACUCAGAGUCCCACCAACAAUCAGCACAUAACUAUCCUUGAUUGUACCUGCGAGGGACCUGCGAGUGCCUUGUGCCACGCUCAGUGGACUGUGGCCUUUCUGCCUUGUGAAGUGGAGCAGAGAGGACUUGUUUUUGAGCUAUUUGUCUACAGUGUACACAUUUAGCCAACCGUGCAAUUGCUGAUGCUUGAAUUACACAGACAUUCCCUACAAAUGAGGUCAUGCAGGCCGGUUCAAAAACAUUUGCCUCGAUGGUCCUCAGAGCUGCUCCAGGCCCUGUUGUCCCCUCCGUGCUCACGCAAGAUUGGACGAAUCCUGACCAAGCAGAGGAACAACAGCUUGUACUAAUGCCUCUGUACAAGGAGGACAGUCGUGUUCAAAAUGAAAAUAAAAUAUGUGCCUGUAACAUUUCCUGAUGAGAGAUAAAAGUCUUGUGUUGCAAAUACAACACAUUUAGGAUGAUUUAGAAGAAUCUGAAAAUCCCCAUUUUUGUACUCUUGAAUGUUGAGCAAUUGCAUGCAAUGAUGUUUGAGUUGUUCUUUUUACAACAAUUCUACCUUGUUUUAUGCAACAUAAAUGCAUUUUUUUAUUUGUACUUUUAUUGUUGAGUAGACAAUGAUUUCUGAUUGACACAUGUACAGUAAGCAUAUUGAAACAGCAACAUGUCUGAACUUGUUUUUGCAACGUUGUACUUCCGUGCCAUAUUAAACCAGCCCAAUGUGAGUCACAGCUGGCCUUUGUUGUGCGCUCAUCAGAGUGAAUGAAUUGAAUUGAAUUAACCUGACAAGAUGACCGCAAUCGCUGCAUAUUCUCCAUCUAUCAACAUGUGGAUAAACCGAGUCAGGGAAAAGCUUUGCACAUCUUCUUGCUCAUCCACCCACUCAUUUUGAUAUAACUGUGUGUAGCUGCGUGUGUGUGCCAAAAAGAAAGCGACUACUCACUAUGUUUGUGACAGCCAGUUUAAUCAACUUAAAUAAAAAGUAUCUGUUUUUUUGCACAAGGUGGAACAUGAUAAAAGCAUGCCUGUUUCAUGGGUCAUAUAAAGUCAUGUGUAGAUUAAGUUAAAGGGUUAAUAUGAAGCUGUUUUUUGAUGGUGAUCACAUGACUCUCAGCAGAAUGCAGUAAAGAUUACGAGCUCAUUUUUAGCAAUCACUAACUCAAAGUGUUUCAUAUGAACGUCAU